CUCUUUCUAUCUCUCCUCUCUCCCUCUCUCUAGUUGUUCUCAAUUUUUGGUGUCAUGGAACACCACCAGUACCAACAACAGCAGCAUGAGGAAAGCAAUACAAGCAGUGUUGUUGGCGGUAGUGUUGGAGGGAGUAAGAGUAACUUCCUCUGCAGGCAGUCCAGCACAAGGUGGAUCCCCACUGCUGAUCAGAUAAGGAUACUGAGGGACCUCUACUACAACAUGGGGAUCAGAUCCCCUACCGCCGAGCAGAUCCAGAAGAUCUCCGCGACACUCCGCAAGUACGGCAAGAUCGAAGGCAAGAAUGUCUUCUACUGGUUCCAGAACCACAAGGCCCGGGAGAGGCAGAAGAAAAGACUCACCGUGGACAUCUCCAGUACCACCAGCACACCCAGCAACAGCGCCAUAACCACCAUGUCUCCUGGUGCAGUAACUAUAAAUCCUCCUUUAUCCUUCUCUGACUAUUUUUCCUUUGAUUUUCUGGGUUUCCUUUUGUUUUGGCCUAUCGUAUGUUGGUGCUGCGGUGGUGCAGGUUUGCUUACUCCCUGUUCUUCUCCUGGGUUGUAUGGUGUUGGGCAGAUUGGAAGCAGUGGCUGUGGAGGCUCUAUGCUUGUGGAAAGGAGCUUUAGAGUUAAGAUAUUAUCUUGUUUAUCCUCAUUAAAAGUUUCACGAUUUGACAUCCUUUCUUGUGGGAACAGGAGUGUUGCUUGUCUGGAGGAGGAGGAGAUGGGUCUGGGAUGGAGGGCAGCAUGGGAUGGGUGGAAUUAG